AGGGCGUACCAAUCAAACUGCAAAUUUAUACAAAUUGAUACUAAACGGGUUAUAUUAAUUUUAUAACAAAAAUUAAGUGUGUAAAUAAGUUGAGCGGUGUCGUAAUUAAAACUAAUUGACUAUAAUAUAACGCUAAUUAUUUUGUAUUAAGCCGCGUUUUCACUGAUAUUUUGUCCUUUUGUGCCCGCGAGUGUGACCCGAUAUUUUUUAUCUUGUGCUUUAUAAAAGUUAAAAUGUCCUUUGGUCCUUCGAAACCGGAUAGAGAACAGUAAAGCUAAACCCUAGUGUUAUUUUAGUGUUUUUUUGACGUGAACUGUGAACUGUGCCGGGAGUCUUGGAGUUUGGCGAGGAAGUGAUUAGAAGAUGUCGGAAUAGGGGGUGGCCAAGGUUGGCCUUUUGAGGCCAUGCUUAAUAAUCUCACGGCGACAGCCUUAGGAGCAGGUCACAAAGAACAGUGCUCUGAGAGCAAGCUCGAUCUAAAGCCGAGCGUGGAGCGCCAUCAUGCGCCGGGCGCGCGUCUCCUCGCGCACUCCAUCAGAGCCGACCACUUGCAAGGCGGCAUUCACCAACAGCACGGCUCGCACAUGUCCACGGUGCCGGUCAGCAUGUCGUCCUCCGCGUCCGACAGCGACAAGCCAGCCAAGCAGAAAAGGCACAGAACCAGGUUCACUCCGGCACAAUUGAAUGAACUGGAGCGAUGUUUUACGAAGACACACUACCCGGACAUCUUCAUGAGAGAGGAGAUUGCGAUGCGAAUUGGACUCACGGAGAGCAGGGUGCAGGUAUGGUUCCAGAAUCGUCGUGCUAAGUGGAAGAAACGCAAGAAGAGCACGAAUGUGUUCAGAUCACCAGGAGCUCUCCUUCCAUCCCACGGUCUCCCGCCCUUCGGUGCUGGCGACGUUUGUAGCCCAGGAGUCUUCGCUGACAGACCCUGGUCUAUGCCUGCAGGUCUCGGUCAGCUGUCCCAGGGCGGUGUAUCGAUGGGGGGAUUCGGUGCGGGCGGGCUGCCUCAGCUCGCCGCGGACCUCAACCCUUCUCUACCGAUCAGUUCCGUCGGCUCGCAGCCGUAUCAGUCUCACUACCCGCUUAAUUCUCUUGGAGACACAAUGAUGUCAUACUGCAACAACAUUAGCGGACAACAGUCCGGGCUGGAGGGCUCGCCCACGCCGCCUCACAUGUCGCACUGCGCCAACAACAACGCUUCGCCGACGACCUCGGGUGGAGGCGGUGAGACGGGCGAGGAGGAGGUGUGGCGAGGCCACAGUAUCGCAGCGCUGCGUCGCCGCGCCUCGGAGCUGUCCGCGGCCAUCCCUCCCUACCUGCAGCUCAACUACGACGCGCACAGCCCCGUCUACUGACCGCCUGCCCGGCAACCGCAUCCCGCCUACCAUCCGUAGUGCACACAUGCACAUACAAACAAUACCUUUAGCUACAGCCGCGCUACCAUUUGACCACCGACGGCUCCGCACCGUGCGUAGCGCUUGUCGCUGUUUUAUUCCAGUUCUAAUUAGACAACAAACUCUAUAUCCAACUAUACGAGCAUUUAAUAUGUUGCAAAUAGUUGUAAGUUGUUAGCUUUCGGAUUUUUUUGCAGUCUUUUCAAGUACAUCUAACGAUAAAUGAUUAAUAAAUAUGAUUUGAAAUUAAAUUGUGUUGACGACAAAUUAUAUAACUACAUAUAUCCUUUGAAAUAAAAAUUACUUUAACAAUCCAUGGCGACAGACAAACGCCACAUUUAAACAUUACAAGCGUGACUCGUCUUCGUAAAGAAUAAUUUUACAUACAAAAUAUUGAAUAUACAUUAUAUUAUAGAAACUAAUUGUCUUCGGAAGAAAUCAAAAGUCAGUUUCUUAAAACAAUAAAGGUCGUAACAUCCAGGACGAUAUUUAAUAAAUUAACUAAUUAUAGUGUAACAUGUGAGCUAUAUUUGAAAAUACAUGUAUACGCGUUUGAACAAUAAUAAAUAUAAUAUAUAAUAGUGCUAGAUUCAAUAAGCUAUUUAUUACUUAAGUAACGAUAAUAAAGUAUUAGAUAAAAUUAAGCAGUUACUUAUUGUAUGGGACUGUACUCGAGGUUGUAGCGUAAGACAUUCCGAAAUAUAAAAUAUUUAGAAUAAUAAUAUUUUAUUAUAUUAGAUGAAAUUCUCACCAGUCCACGUUUAAAGUACUUCGACGGUCGAUUGAUGGCAGUAACAGUACGUGGUAGCUCGCAGUACUUAAUGUUGUUUUAAAUUAAAAUUAAAUAUUUACCAUGAUACGUACACAGAUUAAUUAUCAAUUGAAUAAUGUUUGAUAUACAAUGAUACAGAUCACUAGUGUAUUUGUGUAAAAACGUCGUUGGACGUCUGUACCCGACUACGGCAAGUAAAAAGGAGAGCUUUGAUUUUAGCAAUAUAUCUAUGUUCAUUUGUUCGUAUAGCUCCCAAGUUGCUUAUCAUAUGGAGCUGUAUAGCUAUAUAAUGUGUCUAUAUGACGUUAUUAAAUCCAGCAUGGCGGAUACGACGUGCAACAAAAAAAAGACAAAUGUAAUCGUUUAUUAACAGAUUUCGAAUAGGUUUUUCGUAGUCGGGUUUUAGUAUUUGCAACUUAUGAAAGUAUUCAAUAUUCAAGUAAUAUUACAAGAAAAUGUACAAACCGGAAGGGAAUCUCGAAUCUAAUUUAUAUGUAAAAUAAAACAAAAUUGUCACGUAUACGUUUUAAUAUAAACAUUUAAUACACGAACCGUUAUCGUUUCUGAUUACUUGGAAUUCGCGGCCACUGACUUAUUGAAUUAGAUAAAGUGGUUGAAAGUUCCUAUUCAUUUAGGGGUUCCGAAGUGUCGUAUUGUUAAUCAUAUAUUUAUUUAUUUUAUUUGAUACUUAAUAUAAAUAGCCGUCCGUUAUUUUGUAUAAUAUAUUGUAAGUAGUUAUAGUAUUAAUUUUUUUAAACAUAUUUUUAAUUUCUACUUCGGAACCCGAUUAGUAGUCGUAUAAUUUUUAAACCAAAGCUGUCAUCUUGGUUUAUUAUAUGAUUUAAAAUAUUUUAAUUAUACAUAUUAGUUUUUAAUAAUUUUUGACUUUUAAUUGUUGCACUUUUGUUUAUAACGUUUAUAAUUGACGCAAUUUGGUUUUAAUCAGAACAGAACUUGUCAUGUUCUAAAGCUCUACUUUACAAAUACAUGAAAUAAAGCGCUUCUAUACAUAGCUUUCACUUACAAUUGAAUAAAAAAAGAAUUCGAAUGUAAUAUUAUAUAUGCUAUAAUUCCUUUUAAACCUUUAUAAUCACAUUACAGCUUAUUAUUCGAAAAGCAAUACGGCCCGGUUUAUGUGUAUGAUACCAUUUUACUUGCUCGGUUUAUGGUGAGUUCAUACGGUUCGAUUUUAAUCGACCGUUAC